GCCAAGCAAAGAUGGCGGCUGCUCGGUAGUCGGACUGCUGUCAGGGCAAACCGAGUAUUUCCCCGAAGUCAAAAAUCACGGACUACCUGGGAGGCAUAGUGGUCUGUACGGAAGGAGGCGACCACACGUUGUGGAGUGCAGACGGGGCAACGGAGUGUGAUCGUGGCCGGACUCAGUGCUGUCAGAGUGUGAGUUUAGCAAAGUGUGUACCCGUACAUUCAACAGUGAAGAACCGUAGGACAGACUUUGACAGCGGGAUACUCCGCUCUUCCGGGGGCUUUCAGGGGUGGUUGCGGUGCAGUAAUGUGUCACAGGUAAUCUUCACUUACUCAGGUGCUACCCCCCGACCCCCCGUCCCUGUCCCUUAUUGAUGAUGUCGUCUGCGCCCGCUGUCCCGGGCCCCGCCCCCUCGCUGCCGGUGGUGGACUCGCUGUCGGUCAGCUCGCUGCUGUCCGGAGAGCUGGACGAGGAGGGCGAGGGGGACGAGGGAGAGCUGGGUGACCUGGAGGUGAACCCUUACGACGGGCUCCCCUUCUCCUCGCGAUACUACACCCUGCUGGAGGAGCGCAGGCAGCUGCCCGUCUGGAGCAUCAAGUACAGCCUGCUGGAGCUGCUGGAGACCCACAGCAUGGUGGUGCUGAGCGGGGAGAGCGGCACGGGCAAGAGCACGCAGGUGCCCCAGUGGUGCGUGGAGUACGCCCUCUCCCUGCAGUUCUCAGAGGGGCUGGUGUGCUGCUCCCAGCCCCACGCCACCGCCGCCGGCAGCUUGGCCCUCCGUGUGGCCGAUGAGAUGGACCUGAGCCUGGGCCUGGAGGUGGGCUACAGGGUCCCCCACGAGGAGGGCUGCACCCCGGACACUCUGCUGAGGUUUGUGACAGACUCCCUCCUGCUGAGCGAGAUGAUGUCGGACCCCCUGCUGCGGCAGUACGGGGUGGUGGUGGUGGACGAGGCGCAGGAGCGGACGGUGGCCACCGACGUGCUUCUCGGCCUUCUCCGCGACGUCUGCCGCCAGCGGGAGGACUUCCGGGUGGUGGUGCUCACGGCGCCCCCGCUGGCCGCCCGCGCGGCCGCCUUCCUGGGCGACGGGGUGCCCCUCCUCGCCCUGCCCCCGCCCGAGCGCCCCGUUGCCGUGGAGACGCUGUACCGCGAGCCCCCCGCCGGCAGGGACCCGGCCACAGCCGCGUGUCACAUGGUCCUCGACCUCCACCGCAGGGGUGAGGAGGGUGACGUGCUGGUGUUCCUCCCCAGCGCCCAGGAGAUCUGUGAGUGUGGGGCUCUUCUGGAAAAGGAGUCUGUGGCUCUGAGCCCUCAGUUGGGCGAGCUGAAGGUGCUGCUGCUGUACUCGACCCUAGGGGGCGCUACCCAGCGCGUAUAUGACACGGGGACCGAGGGGGAGCAGGAGGGCCAUGAGGGGGAGCGGGAUGCCCAGGGGGUACCGGGGGCAGCAGGGGGCCCCAAGCGCAGGGUCAUCCUCACAGACACCCUGGGAGAGGCGUCCUUCUCGCUCAACAACAUCCGCUACGUCAUUGACACGGGCGUGCAGCUCAGAACGGUCUACAACCCACAAAUCAGAGCAGACUCCCAGGUGCUGCGACCAAUCAGCCGGGAGCAGGCAGACAUGCGUGCACAGAGGGUCAACAGCAGCUCUCCAGGGCGGUGUUUCCGGCUGUACCCUCAGUCUCUGUACGAGGAGGGCAUGCCAGAGGCCCGCUGCCCGGGUGUGGCCGAAGCCAACCUCAGCCAUCUGGUGCUUCUGCUGAAGAGGCUGGACAUCGCCGACAUGGGCCAGUGCAAGUUCCUCGACCGUCCUGCCCCAGAGGCCCUGAUGCAGGCCCUGGAGGACCUGGACUACCUGGCCGCGCUGGACGACGACGGGAACCUGUCCGAGGUGGGCAUCAUCAUGUCGGAGCUGCCUCUGGAGCCGCCCCUGGCCAAGGCGCUCAUCGCCUCCUGCGAGUUCGACUGCGUCAGCGAGCUGCUCACCAUCGCCGCCAUGCUCACGGCUCCCUCCUGCUUUGUGACGCCCCUGCCCCAGAACGAGGAGGCGGCUGCGACUCACCGGCGACCCCUGCUGCACCCGGACGGAGAUCACCUCACGCUCAUUAACAUCUUCAAUGCCUAUGUCCAGCACAAUGAGGACGAGACCUGGUGCGCCAAGAACUUCCUGAACGCCUCCGCCCUGCGACUGGCCGUCGUGAUCAGGGCGGAGCUGCUGGAGGUGAUGCAGCGAAUCGAGUUGCCCGUCUCGCCCCCCUCCUUCGGUUGCCAAGACAAUGGCAGCAACAUCAAGCGUGCACUCAUCUCAGGGUUCUUCCUCAAGGUGGCCCAUGAUGUGGACGGCUCAGGUAACUACCUGCUCCUGACUCACCGCCACGUGGCGCACCUGCACCCCUUCUCCUCCUACCUGUGCCGCCGGCCCCGCCCCAACCCCCCCAGCUGGGUGCUGUACCACGACUUCACCAUCUCCCACGACAACUGCAUCCGCACCGCCUCUGAGAUCAACCCCCAAAUGCUGGUGGAGUUGGCCCCGCAGUAUUACCUGGGCAACCUGCCGGCUAGUGAGGGGAGGGACCUGCUGAUGGAGCUGAGGCAGAAUUUGGCACCUCCAGAUGAGCAGGGACGGGACGACACCGAGGGAGAUGCCGAGGGCCAACACGCGGACGAGACCGGCGAGACCCGGAACCAGUACAGCACGGAGAUGUGUACCCUUCAGUGAAGGACAGUGGAGAAGACCAGAGAUGCUUCAUGACUGAGUGGAGUUAAAGUGACUGUCAGGGUGUACCAGCUCUUCUAACACAUAUACAACACACUAACACACACACACACACACACACACACACACACAUACACACACGCAUAAAGAUGUGUGCAAAGACUGAACAGUCACAUGAAGACACAGUUAGACACACAAUGACACAGAGACACAUGCAGUCACACACCCAUGCA